AUGGGAAACGCUCAACAAGUAGGAGCUCUGCUCGGAAAGAAGGAAUUUCCAUAUGAUAUUGAGGAUGUUUAUGCCGAGACAUUUCUGUGGAAAGUACAUCGUGGAAAAAGGAAAUCAGACAAUGAAGUGGUUACGAUUUUCAAAUUUGACUUUGAUAACACCACUCCACAGGAUAAAAUCGAAUUGGCAAAAGGAAGUCUCAAACGAUUGCGUGCGAUUCGCCAUCCGAGCGUUGUAACCUUUUUAGAUGGUGUAGAAUUAAGUAACACAAUAUUCAUCGUAACGGAAUAUGUGGUUCCAUUAUCUGUUGAAAUUCAAAAUAUCAAAACACAAUUAUCAGCUCCCGAGAUGAUCGCUUGGGGACUUUAUCAAGUAGCUAAAGCUCUCAUGUUUUUGCACGGAAAUAAUUUAUAUCAUUGUAAUGUGAACAUUGAUUCUGUAUUUGUAGAUAUCGGAGGAGAUUGGAAGAUCGGUGAGCUAGGUUUUUUAACAUCAUUCCAAAGCAGCAAUGGUGGAGUAGUGAAUCCUUCAGAAGCUGCAUAUGGAGUUCCUGUGAAAAGAUUUUUCAAUUACAUUCCCAACAAGUACAGACCUUUAGAAGUUGCAUCACAAAGAUGGGAUUAUGUGGAUGCUAAUCCUUCAAAAAUUGAUUCAUGGGGAUUUGCUUGCUUAAUUUAUGAAAUAUUUGAAGGACCAAUGAAUGUACCUGAUGAUUUGAAGAAAAUUAAUCUACCCAAGAUUCCAAAAACACUUCGUGUGGCAUUUGAUCAACUCACUGAUAAGAACGUUAAGAUGAGAUUGGAAUUGUCAAACUUGUUGGAAAAUCCAUACUUUAAUAAUUCUCUCAUUGAACUUCAACUGUUUUUGGAAAAUAUCACAAUCAAAGAUGCAAUUUCUGUGGAAACAUUUCUCAACAGACUUCCAGAUUUACUACCACAAUUACCACGAAACAACAUGAAAAACAAAGUUUUGCCCAGUUUGAUACAGCUGAUCAAAUUCGGAACUGCAGGACAAAAAAGCAAUUGUGCCAAUCAUGAAACUGGAACUGUUCGUGUGAAUUUACUCAAAGGCAUUGACCAUAUUGCUAUUUAUUUAACACAAGAUCAAGCAGAGAAUGUGUAUGAGCACGUUUCAAAAGGAUUUAGAGAUACCUCACCAAUUUUGAGAGAAAUGACUGUGAAAUCAAUGAUCGCUAUUGUUCCAAAACUUAAAGAAGAGACCAUUGACAACAGUGUCGUGCGAUAUAUGUGGGCACUUCAAGGUGACAAGGAAAAUGCCAUCCGAACGAACACAAUUAUUGCAUUUGGAAAACUUGCCCCAAACCUUUCUGAAAAAACUCGAAAGAGAAUUUUGUUGGCUGCAUUUGUGAGAAGCUUGAAAGAUCCAUUUGUGCAUUCCAGAUUGUCUUCAUUGAAAGCACUUCUUUCAACAAAACAAUACUACUCUGUCAGUGACAUGGCGGUGAAGGCAUUGCCAUUUGUUGUGUCACUCACAGUCGAUCCCGAAAAGCAAGUCAGAGAUUUAGCAUUUGUUGUGUUAAACGAUUUUUUGAAAACCAUUUCCGAAGUUUCAGAACAACCAAAUUUCAAUGAAAUUAUUAACAGUGAAAGAAAUGCAGAGACAAAUUCAACAUUGACGAGUGGUGGCCAGAAUCAAGGCGGUAGUGACUCUUCAAAUGUUGGAUCUGAUUACUUCUCUUGGGCCAUGAAAUCUCUCAAAACCAAAGUGUUGGGAGAAAAUCCAACACAACCUUCUUCAUCAACACCAUCAAGUGGCUCUACAAGUAAUCAAACAAGCACGAGCAACAUCACCUCUUCCUAUGGCUCAACAAGUGCUCCACAAACAACAGGUACAACACCAAUUUAUAAACCUGUUGUACUUUCGAACAGCUCUACACAACCUCAACAACCACAAAGAACGCAAUCACAGCAACAAGAUCCAUUCAGUCAAAUGACUGCCAGUCUUCAGGCAAAAUCGAAUACAUCUUCUUCUCCAAACAUGAAUAAGAAAUUAGAGCCACAAAAAGCAACCAAUAGUUUGAAAUUAGCAAAAACGACAAAUAAUGAUCCAUUCGAUGACUUUUUCGACAUGUCAGACGACAGUGGCACUAAUUCCAACGCUUUGGGAAAUAUGACCACUGGAUCUUCAGAUCUAUUGGAUGAUGAUUGGAGCAGUUGGGAUAAUUUGGAUUCCAUUGUGCCCUCUUCAUCGAAACAAUCCUCACAACAACCAAACAAAACGACUUCUCAACCCUUAAAACUAAGUCACUCCACAACAGGCACAACAACAGUGAACAAGAGCACAUCGAACACAAGUAACAACAAUUUGUUGGAAGAUGACUUUUUUUCCUCCAUGCAAAGUAAUCCACCAACUUCCAAAAAAACAAAUCUUAUGCAACCAACCACAGCGACAACUACAUCAACGAAUGCGAGUGUUCAACAGAAUAGAACGAGUCCAAUGCCAACGUCAGGAAGUACUUCCAACAAGACACAAAACACAGCCAACAAGACAACAACCUCUUCACAGAAUUCCAAUAAGAAAACAUCGAAUGCCAACAACGGUUGGAGUGAUAACUGGGAAGAAUGGUAA